AUGGCGGACAUAGACGCGACAAAGGCGAAAUCCACUAUAUUUAUCGGUGGAAUAGCCCAAGGAGUCGAUGAGGCUGUUCUCUUGCAGACAUUUUCGCCAUUUGGAGAUAUCAUGGAGAUUCAAAUUCCACCAGCGCCCGGUACUCAUGGCGAUUUACCUGCAGAAGGCAGGUUUUCUGCGUGCGACAAUGACAAUCUCACAAUCCCUGGUAGACGGAAAGCAUAG